AUGGGAAUUUGCCAUUCUAAAUCAAAGCUCAAAAGAAGCGGAGCCUUUCAAUGCAUCCCUAUUGAUUUCGAUAAAUUGAAGAGAUACAAUGAGGAACGAUAAAAAAAUGAUCCAAACUUAGGUUAACAACAGUCCUUCUGUUAACUCAUUUGGUAGGAGGGUAACAAAAUCUCGAAUCACCAGACCCAGACUUACAAUAAUGUCUAAACCCAACAAAUUGAAUUAAGAAAACCAUGA